AUGAAGCCAUCAGGCAUUUCUCCCUCUUUUUCUCGCCACCUUGCCCCACUGCUUGUGCUCUUGCUGCACCAAGCUCAUCUGCUUGUAGCAAACAAGCUCGCGGGAGGGUCGAUUCUCAGGCCACCAAACUACAUCACCUGCUCAUCCGGGGAGUACGCCUUCGGCUUCCGUGCCCUCGGCGACGACCCUAGCCGGUUCCUCCUCGCCGUCUGGUUCAACUUCAACUUCACCCAAGCGGCUGACCCUGCGGAGCAGAGGGUGGUGUGGUACGCGAAAGACCCAGACUCAGGCUCGGCCAUCACGGUCACAGGGCUAUCCGUAUUCAGCAUCAAUGAUCAGCUCUACCUCGACGACACCACAUCUGGUAGAAUUUGGAAAAACCAGAACCCUAACUUACAGUAUGGCUCUGACCUCGUGCUCCAGGACUCGGGCAACCUCCAGUUCCUCGCCUUUGGGGGAAGCACUGUCAUGUGGGAGAGCUUUCGGUAUCCGACCGAUACGCUCCUCCCAGGGCAGUCCAUGGGCUCUGGAGAAGCCCUUCAUUCGAAGCGCUCGGACACGGAUUUCUCCCGUGGCCGCUUCGGCCUGUACAUGCAGGCCGACGGCAACAUUGUCUUGUACCUCGCUGCCGACAACAUUGGCAGCAACCUUGCUGCCGGCAGCCUGAAAUCGGACAAUGCUUAUUGGGGGAGCGGCACCUACCAAUCCGGCAACACCCAAGACGGCAACACGACCCUUUUCUUCGACUCACCGGGGUAUCUCUAUUACCAUAUCAAGGACGGCAGUGUGCAAGACCUGAUACCUCUAUUUCCAAACUCCACCUCCAGUUACCACCAAUACGCAACACUCGAUCCAGACGGCGUCAUCCGCGUCUACACCCGGCCGAAGAAUGCCGCUGGGGGAAGGAGCAACGUGUCGUGGGCAGUCACUGGCUUAUUCCCAAGUGAAGGUUGCAGCAGGAGCACCGCUUUGCAAGGUUUCUGCGGCCCCAAUUCCUACUGCGUGCACGGCCCAAAUGGCCGUCUCGAUUGCAAGUGUCCAAGCGGCUACUCUUUCCUUGAUGCGCAGCUCAAGCACAGAGGAUGCACUCAGGAGUUUGUACCGCAAAGCUGUGAUGGGAACAACCACUCCGCCGAGUUUGGAGUUGUCAAGAUGCCCAACACCAAUUGGACAAACUUGCCGUACGAAAGAUAUCCGUACACCACAGUCACAGAGGACCAGUGUAGAGACUUCUGCCUUAGCGACUGCCUGUGCACAGCGGCUCUAUUUCAUGGACCGUACUGUGCUAAGAUGGCGUCAUUGACAGGUGCCGGACAGCAGGGAGGAAAUGUCAGCAUGAACGUGUUGAUCAAGGUGAGGACAAGCAGCCCCUCGGUGCCGGCAUCACUGAGAAGGAUAUUGCCUUAUGUACUACUCGGUUGCUCGGCGUUCCUGUUGUUGUCGGCAGCAGGUAGUCUCAUGUUACAUUGCUACCUCAGAAAAAAGACCGCCAACCAUGACUUUGUGAGGGCUUACACUGCAAAAGAGCUUUACAAAGCCACCAAUGGCUUUCAUAGGUUGCUAGGCAGAGGAGGCUUUGGCGAGGUCUACUAUGGGGUGUUGAAGUCGCUACACUACCCUGAGAUAGCAGUGAAGAAGCUCAUCAGCUCCAAUGAUUACAGCGAGAGGGAGUUUGGGAAUGAGGUACAGUCCAUCGGCCAGAUCCACCAUAGGAAUCUAGUCCGCAUGGUUGGUUACUGCAAAGAGCGGGCUCAACGGAUGUUGGUGUUCGAGUUCAUGCCAGGUGGUUCCCUUCGGAGCUUCCUUUUCCAACCUCAGCAGCAACCGAUGUGGAGUUGGCGCGCUGAGGCAGCGCUCGGCAUUGCCAAGGGCAUGGAGUACUUACAUGAAGGAUGCAAUUAUCCAAUCAUCCACUGUGACAUCAAGCCCGACAAUAUAUUGUUAGAUAGCAAGAAAAAUCCGAAGAUUACUGACUUUGGGAUUGCCAGGCUUCUUAGUGACCAGCAGAUGCACACCACGGUGACCAACAUCAGGGGCACGAGGGGCUAUAUUGCCCCCGAGUGGUUCCAAAGCGACAGGCGCAUCGACACCAAGGUUGAUGUUUACAGCUUCGGUGUUGUGCUACUAGAGAUGAUAUGCUGCCGAAAGUCCCAGGAGCCAGUGCCUGGUCAGGAUGGUGAUGACUCGGUCAUGCUAUUCGAGUGGGCCGGUCAGUUGGUUGGUGAUGGCAGGACUGAGGUUCUCUUUCAUAGCGAUGACGACGCCAUUGAGGAUUUGUUCAGAGUGGAGAGGUUCUUGCGUGUUGCUCUCUGGUGCAUUGAGCAGAAUCCUUCGCUCCGUCCGACAAUGCAUCAGGUUGUUCAGAUGCUGGAGGGUGUGAUUGAGGUCGACACUCUACCUGCGCCUACAAGCUCCAACUGUUCAUCGCCGUUGACCUCUUCAGUCGACGAGAGCCCUCUGUUGCCAGGUGGUGCUACUCUUGCGAUAGAGUGA